AUGGCACCAGUCGCAAUCGAGAACAGCCCACCUCCUGUGGUUAAGCGGGAUGGCCAGGCGCUAGAGGAGAUAUCGGAUGCUAUCGAUGAGGUCAAUGUUCUCAAGGUCAACAUGAAAAAGGCCCAAGAGAAGGGCCUCUACGAGGAGUCUGAAUUCGACAAAGAGAAGGACAAGACUGGAUUCCGCCAGUACGAGGACGCCUGCGACCGCGUCAAGAACUUCUACAAGGAGCAGCACACCAAGCAGACAAUCGCCUACAAUCUGAAGGCCCGCCACGAGUUCCACACCCAGACCCGCGCCGAGAUGACCAUCUGGGAGGCGAUGGAGAAGCUCAACACUCUAAUUGACGAGUCCGACCCAGACACCAGCCUGUCACAGAUCGAGCACCUCCUCCAGUCCGCUGAGGCCAUCCGUCGCGACGGCAAGCCCCGUUGGAUGCAGCUGACCGGCUUGAUCCACGAUCUCGGCAAACUUCUCUUCUUCUACAACGCACAGGGCCAGUGGGAUGUGGUCGGCGAUACCUUCCCCGUCGGCUGUGCCUUUGACGAGCGUAUCGUCUACGGCCGUGACUCUUUCAAGGAUAACGAGGACUUCGGACACCAUAUCUACGACACCAAGUUCGGCAUCUACAGCCCCGGAUGUGGUCUUGAUAAGGUUAUGCUCUCAUGGGGUCACGAUGAGUACCUCUAUCACAUCGCCAAGGAGCAAUCUACUCUCCCUGACGAGGCACUCGCUAUGAUCCGCUACCACUCUUUCUACCCCUGGCACAACGCUGGUGCCUACCACGAGCUGAUGGAUGAUCAUGACAAGGAGAUGCUGCGUGCUGUCAAGGCCUUCAACCCCUACGAUCUGUACAGCAAGAGUGACGGUAUCCCCAGUGCGGAGGAGUUGAAGCCUUACUAUAUGGAGCUCAUUGAUGAGUACUUCCCCAACAAGGUGGUCCGCUGGUAA